AUGCUGGUUGGUUGGCUCGUGCUGCUGCUCGCGGGCCUGCAGCUGUGCCGGGCCGUGGACCCUUGCCCGAACUCGAUCACGACCCUCAAGCUGCCAGAGGAUGGUGCACGGGCCUGCCGCGACGGCAACUGCUACGGGUGCUCCUGCGCGCUGAUCAACGCCAUGCUCGAGGAAGACCCGCUCGUGUUCGAGGGACUCGCGACCGACGCGGCAAGAAUACAGGACCGCGCUAUCGCGUGUGCAAGCACGUUCGAGGCCGACCUGGGCCUCGGCCGCGACCAGCUAGCCUUCCUGGACACCUGCGUGGACGAUCUGAGCCAGGGCGCCCUCGAGGCGUACGGUCCCGGCCUGCUGAGGCUGCAGACCGCGAUCACGGAGCAGGGGGGCUUUAACGCGUUCCUCCGGUCCAUCACCACCAGCACCAGGAUCGUGCUGGCCGCUGUGUGCGGCCGGUGCCCGGUGCCCGUGUCCGCGGUCGCGAAGGACCUCUCCGAGCACUGCGGCGCGGGUUCCAGCUGCGAGGAGUGCACGUGCCAGCUCGUGCAGGUCUACGAAGAGGGCGGCCAGCAGCUCACCGGGUCCGUCGACAACCGCCUCGCGGAGUUCACCAGCUGCAGCCUCAGCCGGCUCUCCUCGCUGCUGAACAGCGGCGUCGACCCCGCCCUGUACAUCAGCCUGCCGAGCUGCGGAGCCAAGGCGCUCGGAGCCGCCUCGGAGAUACCCGAGGGUGUCGCGGCGUCGCACGACGCGUGCUGGGCGCGCGUGCGGUGCCCGGAGGGCGUCGGCCUGCCCGGCGACGGGCUGCCGCCGCUGUGUCGGGACGGGGGCUUCGACGUCGAGGCGUGUCGAGCGGAGCUGUCGGCGCUGAUCAAACCGGGCGCGUUGCUGGAGGACUGCGUGUUGUCGAGUGCUGGGAAGCUGCUGCGGGCCGGGAUGGGCGCCGACGGCGUGCGUGCGAUGCUCGCGGAGUGA